GUUCUGGGCCCGGCCAACGGGCGCGAAGCGGAACAGCUCGCCGGGCUUCGGAUCUGCGCGUGCGCGAGGUGACAGGUUGGCUCCAGCGGAGGCAUGGAGGGAGACGCGGCCCGCGGGUGCCUGUCGAUGGAUGGCUUUGCACGGGUAGCUGAAGCCGGCGUCUCCAGCCCUGAGUUCACAGCUCUAUGUUCAUGGCUGGUUUCCGAGCUCCGCAGCCUUUGCCCGCUCGAAGAGGACGUGAAUCCCACUCGUGGUCCUGAGGAUGCUGAGACCUUCCAGAUCGAAGUGAGCGGGCUCCUUGGGGAGCUGCAUUGUCCCUACUCCUCGCUGACCUCGGGGGACGUCACAGCCAGGCUUAGCACCCCGGACAGGUGCCUCCAGCUCCUGUAUUUUUUGAGCUCAGAGCUCCUGGCCGCCCGGCUGCUGGCUCGGAAGACGCCCCGUUCGCCGCCGGAAAAAGAAGACCGAUCUGGCGAAGCGGUGAACGAGCUCCAACUCAUCUGCCAAGCCCUGGGAAUGGCGGACCUCGAUCCAGGCUGCCCAGUCCAUCAAGCCAUGGCUGACAUAGAAGCCAAGAUUUCGGAGGCGCUUUCUUCACUACCCCCUGAGCACCAGCAGAUGGCGCCGCUCCUGAAGGCCACGCUGACCUCCGAGGAAUGGGGAGCGCUGGAGGGCAUACGGGACUUGCUGUGCACGGAGUAUCAGUGCCGCCGACGCAUGAUGGCCACUCGUCUCGACGUCACCGUCGAGUCCUUCCAUUGGUCCGAGAGGGCAAAGGACCGGAGCGGAGCUAUGUCAGAGGCCUUCAAACCCUUGCGUCACUCUUUGAUGGAAGAGUCCCAGGUCACCGUUCCUCACCUCCUGGCAGCGCGGGAGGACUUCUCCCGCAUCGUGAAGACCAGCAGCGGAGCUUCGCGGGACAAGACAAGCUGUGCCGUCAACAAGGUGCUGAUGGUUGGUGACGUCCCGGAUCGCGGUGGGCGUCCGAAUGAGAUCGAACCCCCUAUGCCCACGUGGGAGAAGAGGCGAGAAGGAGGAGGCGGCCACCAGCGAUGGGGCAAGCGGAGCAGGAAGAAGAAAAAAUAGCAAGGGGCUGGAUCCUGACCUCCUCCGGCGUGGGGUAUGGUCAAAACCACCCUUCACUUUAGGGCAGGGAAGAGGCUUCAGGAAGUUCACCGCAGCAAGGAUGCGCAGUGGAUACAGCCCCAAAACCCAGCCUUCACCAAAGGUGGUUUCAGUGUUGCUUUUCCCUAGAAUGCAAGGAAAUGCAGUUUACAAGAAAGGUGCCCAUUACCUUGAACCUGAGACAGUGGGCAGGGGCAUGUGAGCUAACAUCAGACAUCUCUCCCACCCCCCUUCCCCACCCCCCUUUCACUUGCUUUAAAGUUGUUGGACACAGACGUUUGUGUUGUCCGCGUUAUAGCUUGGUGCCGGAUGAAUUGCACCUUUCGAGCAGAGGUGGGGAGUCUGUGGUUCCUUCAGAUGUCAUUGGACUUCAUCUCCCAGCACCCCCAGUUAGUGGGGCCAGUGAUCGGGUGUGAAGGGAGUUGGGGGCCAAUAUUCCCCGUCCCUGAUCUAGUUAAUACACAACUUGCAAGGAUGAAGGAA